GGCCGAGGGAAGAUUAUGAGGAUUUAUUUUGACGUUGAGGGAUUAGUGGUCCAGGCAAAGCGUAACUGACCCAGAAUGAGACAGGCAGUGUUUUGGCGUUGAUGUCGGCGCUGUAGCCCGAAGGAGCCUGUAACGCAUCCUGCAGGAACAGUCGCUAUGAGUCAGUUUCGGGCGUUAGCGGGUGUGCUGAGGAGUGGGCGUGUCGGGGGGAGUCAGUGGCUGCGAGGGUGUGGAGGAGGCCCGGCCAGGCGCUGGGUUGAACCCAGGAGGGGCUGCUUCUCAGGGGGUGCGCCUGUUCCCUCAGCGGUGGCCAGUAGCUCCAGCUACGUGGAGGAGAUGUACUUUGCCUGGCUGGAGGAUCACAAAAACGUCCACGAGUCUUGGGACGCCUUCUUCCGCAACAUCCAGGCCUCUGGUCCGUCUGGCGAGGCGGGUGAGAGACGGCCCUCCACUCUGCUCCAGGGCCGAGUGCUGGCCCACUCACCAGACAUGGCACAGAAAGUGGUGGAGGACCACCUGGCUGUGCACACUCUCAUUAGAGCCUACCAGAUUCGUGGUCACCAUGUCGCCCAGUUAGACCCUCUGGGAAUCCUGGAGGCUGACUUGGACUCUUUCGUUCCUUCUGACCUGAUCACCACCAUUGAUAAAUUAGGUUUCUACGGUCUUGAUGAGUCUGACUUGGAUAGGAGCUUUCAGCUGCCCCCCACCACCUUCAUCGGAGGAGAAAACACCACUCUUCCUCUAAGAGAAAUCAUACGCAGACUAGAGACAUCCUACUGCGGUCACAUAGGGGUAGAGUUCAUGUUUAUUAACAAUGUGGACCAGUGCCAGUGGAUUCGUCAGAAAAUCGAGACUCCAGGAAUCAUGCAGUUCACUAAUGCUGAGAAGAGAACGCUGCUAGCCCGCCUGAUCAGAUCCACACGCUUUGAGGACUUCCUGGCCAGAAAAUGGUCAUCAGAGAAACGUUUUGGCCUGGAGGGCUGUGAAGUGCUCAUCCCCGCCCUUAAAACCAUCAUAGACAAGUCGAGCGCUGCAGGCAUCGACAGCGUGAUCAUGGGGAUGCCUCAUCGGGGGAGACUGAAUGUCUUGGCCAAUGUGAUCCGUAAGGACCUGGAUCAGAUCUUCUGUCAGUUCGACCCCAAGUUAGAGGCCGCCGAUGAGGGUUCGGGUGAUGUCAAAUACCACCUUGGGAUGUACCACGAGAGGAUCAACCGUGAGACGGACAGGAACAUCACGCUGUCGCUCAUGGCGAACCCCUCCCACCUGGAGGCAGUGGAUCCAGUGGUUCAGGGCAAGGCCAAAGCUGAGCAGUUCUACAGGGGAGACACUCAGGGAAAGAAGGUUAUGUCCAUCUUGAUGCAUGGGGAUGCAGCUUUUGCUGGACAAGGAGUUGUGUAUGAGACUUUCCACCUAAGUGAGCUCCCCUCCUACACCACACAUGGUACAAUCCAUGUGGUCGUCAACAACCAGAUUGGCUUCACUACAGACCCUCGAGUGGCCCGCUCCUCCCCUUACCCUACUGAUGUGGCUCGGGUUGUCAACGCACCCAUCUUCCACGUGAAUGCCGAUGACCCCGAGGCUGUCAUAUACGUGUGCCGGGUGGCUGCAGAGUGGAGGGCCACCUUCAACAAGGACGUCGUCAUUGACCUGGUUAGUUACAGACGCUUCGGCCACAAUGAGAUGGACGAGCCCAUGUUCACCCAGCCGCUGAUGUACAAACAGAUCCGUCGGCAGGAGCACGUGCUGAAAAAGUACUCUGACAAGCUCAUUGCUGAGGGUGUGGUGACGCUGCAGGAAUUUGAGGAGGAAGUUGCCAAAUACGACAAGAUAUGCGAGGAGGCAUACACCAGCUCCAAGGAUGAAAAGAUUUUACACAUUCGACACUGGCUCGACUCCCCCUGGCCAGAUUUCUUCACAGCAGAGGGAGAGCCCAAGAGCAUGAGCUGUGUCCCCACAGGCCUUGACGAGGAGGCUCUGCAGCACAUCGGCCAGACAGCCAGCUCAGUGCCUCUGGAAGAUUUUAAGAUCCACCCUGGCGUGUCCCGUAUCUUGCGUGGUCGGGCUGACCUGGUGAAGAAUCGGCAGAUGGACUGGGCUCUGGGAGAGUACAUGGCCUUCGGUUCCCUCCUCAAAGACGGCAUCCAUGUACGACUCAGCGGGCAGGAUGUAGAGCGGGGCACCUUUAGUCACCGUCAUCAUGUUCUGCACGACCAAGAGGUGGACAAACGUAUCUGUGUUCCCAUGAACCACCUGUGGGAUAACCAGGCUCCUUACACUGUCUGCAACAGCUCCUUAUCAGAGUAUGGGGUGCUAGGUUUCGAGCUUGGCUUCGCCAUGGCCAGUCCGAAUGCUCUGAUCCUCUGGGAGGCCCAGUUUGGAGACUUUCACAACACAGCCCAGUGUAUCAUUGACCAGUUCAUCAGCCCGGGCCAGGCCAAGUGGGUCCGCAACAAUGGUAUUGUCCUACUCCUGCCACAUGGGAUGGAGGGAAUGGGCCCAGAACAUUCAUCAGCUCGACCUGAACGCUUCCUGCAAAUGAGCAAAGAUGAUCCUGAUCACUUCCCUGAGUUCAGUGGAGAUUUUGAAGUCCAGCAGCUGUACGACUGUAACUGGAUUGUGGUCAACUGCUCCACACCUGCUAACUACUGUCACGUGCUCAGACGGCAGAUUCUGCUGCCAUUCAGGAAACCGCUGAUCAUUUUUACUCCAAAGUCUCUGCUGAGGCACCCGGAUGCAAGGUCCAGUUUUGACGACCUCGCCACAGGAACUCAAUUCAAGAGGCUGAUUCCAGACCAGGGUCUGGCGAGCCAAAACCCAGCCCAGGUGAAGAGGGUGAUCUUCUGCACUGGCAAAGUCUACUAUGAACUGGCUAAAGAGAGGAAACAGCAGAAACUGGAGAAAGACAUUGCUAUCAUCAGACUCGAGCAGAUCUCCCCAUUCCCGUUUGACCUGGUCAGAGUAGAGGCAGAGAAAUAUGCCGACGCCGAGCUGGUCUGGUGUCAGGAGGAGCACAAGAACAUGGGCUACUACGAUUACGUCCGGCCGCGUUUCCUCACAGUGGUGGCCAACAAGAAGCCCGUUUGGUAUGUGGGACGGGACCCUGCAGCUGCUCCUGCGACGGGGAACAAGUCCACCCACCUCAACGAGCUGAAGAGGUUCAUGGACACAGCUUUCAACCUGAGCGCCUUCCAUGGGAAGGGCUUGUAGAUGAGAAGUGGAACGAGAACCAGGCUGGAGGUGCAGUUUCAUGUCCAAACAGCGCGGUCUAUUUAUCAAGUCUGGAUGUGGCAGAUUUAUAACUCUUUUAGCUUUGCCACACUCUGCAGCACUCUGGAAAAGGCACAAAAUCACUUGUCUUCCACUGUGACACAGGAUAUAGUGACAAAUUGUCAUUCCUUGGCCACGCCCUAUGUCAAGUGAAGGCAAGUCAUUUUUAAUUAUAUAACCCAAAGUCACCCAAAACUCUAUCACCCCUAAUCCUUAUAGUCUCAGUAAGCCACCAUGUCUGCGUGAUUGGACGAUAUCAUGUAACCUGACCUGAAGAAUCUGCACUUUAUUCAUUCUGCACCUUUUAUGAGGGCUUUUACAGAAUGAGUGCAGUGUAUGUACACACCCCACAGUCUGAAGAGAACUGGAUGACUUUCAGCCUCCAAACGGUGCUACACCUCCAACACCUUCAUUUCAAAUUUAGAUAUUACACAAACAUUAAAUAUAAUCAAUUAGUCACAGAAUUGUCACCUAGUUAAGUGGUGAAGUAGCAAUAGUACACGCUUUGUACCCCUAAUUACAUUCACACACCGAAGUCUAGAUUUGUGACAAUCAUUGUUAUUGGAGUAGCUUUAGUGUAGAUACCUUCAUUGCUGCCAUGCUGAAUACUAGUGUAUGUUAGCAGUAUUGAUUUGUAUUUGUAUUGAUUUUUGUAGACGAAUAGCAGAAGCUACGAGACGCACACAAAACACCAACCGGUGUUCCUCUUAAACAAUGAAUCCCAUAUCACAGGCAUGAAGACUGCUCUGAAAUUCAACACCUGAGUAGGUUUAGUGCCUGUAUUUGCUUUGGCUGCCCGGCGAAGGAGUCUGUAUUUAUUGUCACACCUCACUUCACCGGGAGACGUGAGCCAGCUGGCACAGAGACUCGCAGCCAUGUUUUCUACUUAGGACAUAAGGCUCGGCUUCCUCUGCGGAGGCUGAGGGAUGCGCGCACGCACAAGCACAGCAGAGCUUCGGAUGCUUUGAGAGCAAUAUUGACGCCUGGCUGUCACAUUAAAAUCCCCAGGUGUUUGGCAGAAUUGAUAUUAUCUACCACUGUGCUUAGA